AUGGCCACUCACGAUCAGAGGCAAAAGGGACAAGGCCCCCAUAAGAAAAAAAUUUGUAAACUUUGCGGUGAUGUAGGUUUUCAAAUUGCAACAGUUACCGGCCAUGACGGUAAAGAUGUUGACGUGCAUGAGUAUUGCCAGGUGGACUGUUAUAAAGAUGCACCAGAUAAUUGGUGUUGUGAAAAAUGUGUCAAAAAACAAAAAAAUGAAAUCUCUGAGGGAUCAGAGAUACAUGUCUCUACAAGUAUUUGUCAAAGCACUCUUCCACCAGAGAAACGUAGUAAGUUUCUUAGUGAGCGUGAGAUCAAUUGGAAAACAGAGGAACAAAUCAGGAAGACAAAGUAUCUACCUGUUGAAGAAGCAAUUGAUCUAUUGAAUUCUGGCUCUUCAAGAGUUAUGUCAACGAAAUCCAAGACGACUGAGACUCGAGGGAAUUUAAGCAAACCUAGAACUCAGAUUUCAGAUGUUUUUCCUAAGAAGAGAACACUGCAGUAUUCUUUAGGGUUAACAGGAUAUAAGAAACCUCACAGUUUUCUAAAUUUCAAAAUAAUCGAACCGAGCAUAAAACAAGUCGAAUCAUCUAAAGGUCCUGGGGGAGUUACCAUUCUAGAGCAUAGGAGUUUCAAUGUUGUGAAAGCGAGUGGAAUGAUGAAUCCACCUAUGACACACCCUUGUGAUCCUGCUCUAGCUCAUUCCUGGAAGGGAAGUUUUGAAAUCUCAGGUGCUUCAGAAUUUGUACAAAGCGACCUCAAUAAUUUUAUCCAGGCUCAUCCUCCUUCUAAAGUUAAACGUAAGGUGUAUGAGUUUUCAGGGCAAUUGCCUCAUACUCUUAAAUUUGAACUAGUUCCGCGUGGAAAGAUCUGGACAAAGCUAUUCAAUAAUCACUGUCCAGGUAAAGAAGACGUAGGACUAUAUUUCUUUACAAGUGAGAGAGAAAGGUCUGGGAUAUAUACUUCUCUGGUGGAGUACAUGCGUAGCAGGGAUUUUGUGAUGAGAACGGUUAUAAAUGAUGUUGAGCUGCUUGUACUUGCAUCCACAACGCUGCACAAUGAUUCUCAAAGAUGGAACAACGAGUACUUUCUGUGGGGGUUAUUUUACCGCAUUAGACAAUACACAAAUGGAUGUGCUGAAGGGGGCAGCAACAAAGUGAUUGAUAUGGAGAUAGACAUGAUAGCUGGAGAAAAUGUGUGA